GUUGUUCUCUACUAAAUCCUUUCAGCAAAAAUAUGGCAAUAUCGCGAAAUGAUCAAGUAUGACACAUAGAAUGGAUCUGCUAUCCCCGUUUAAAUAAAAAAAAUUCAUUUCAGUAGGCCUUUAAGCACGAUGCUAGGGCUUUAAUCAUUAGUAAUGUAGCAGCCUAGUUUUGAAUGGCAGGGUCCCUGCUAUCACAUGUUGAUAAAAAUAUAACAUUUACAUAAUAAAAAUCAACUACAGGUUUCCCAAAUGCUGCAAUAAAUUAAGCAUGAUGAGUUGAGCAUAUGUCAGCAUGUGGCCCCACUUUUAAGUCUUUUUUUCAAACGCUUAUUGCAAACGCUUAUUUACAGUAAGGCAUUAAUUUGACUUAGUCAUUAUUUUGUCUUAGUAAGUCCAUAUUUACUAAGUCAAAAUAAUGACAUACUUAGUAUCUCAGGUAACUAGGACUGUUUUGUGUUUUGUUUUUACUUUACGGAAAAAAUAUCGAGAUAUAUAUCGUAUAUUGCCAUUCAGCAUACGUAGCGGAAAACACAACCAAAAAUUGUAGGCUUCUUCAUGCAACGAAGCCGGCCUACUUCACCAGAGUCUGUAGUCUAUUGCCCCCCCAGGCAGUGAUGAGAUGGAGACGUGAUGGUGGCGACAGGCCAAAUUACACUGUUCUGUUCCUUACACCCACCCACCUCCUUCCCUGUCCGUCCUGUCCCGGGCGACGCCCACUUCCCUCUGGAGAGACACCACCUUAACUAACACAUUUUCUGGGGGAAACACUGCAUGGCCACAGCUCUCCUCCAUGCACUCACCUCUACCAGUGUCUAUUUUCAGUGGACCCAGGCGGCCAGUGAGCUUCAUCUCCUCCCCGGUCCUCAUCCAUCCUGUCUUGGACUGUGCCUUUAUUGUGGCGGUGGAUGCUUCAGACUCGGGAAUCGGUGCUGUGCUCUCCCAAAGCUCGCGGACCGACAAUCUGAUUCACCCGUGUGCCUUCUUCUCCCGGCGACUUACUCCGGCUGAGUGGAACUAUGAUGCGGGAAAUAGAGAGCUACUGGCUGUCCGUGAGGCCUUGGCGGAAUAGAGGCACUGGCUGGAAGGGGCCAGGCAUCAGUUCCAGAUCCUGACAGACCACAGCAACCUUCUCCAUAUCAGCUCAGCCGGGAGACUUAAUAACCACCAGGCUCGAUGGUUGCAGUUCUUUAGUCGUUUUGAUUACCUACUCUCAUACAGACCGGGUUCCAAGAACACGAAGGCUGAUGCCCUUUCCAGGCAGUUCAUGGAGGAACCCACCUGCACGUCGGCGGCCGAACUCAUCCUCCCUCCUGCCCGGAUUGUGGGUAUGGUCUCCUGGAAGAUUGAAGACCAGGUAAAGACCGCGCUACGCUCCAAUCCAGGACUAGGCGGUGGGCCUCCCAGCAAGCUAUUCUUCCACCGCGAGCUUCGAUCCAAUGUCCUGGAUUGGGGCCAUUCCAGCGUCUUCUCCUGUCAUCCGGGUUUCAAGCGCACACUACCCUUCAUCCGACGGCAAUUUUGGUGGAUGUCGAUGGCGGCGGACACACGAGAGAAAGGCCGCAGUUCCCUCUAUGAGGGCCCACAUCAAGCGGUGUCAGAGGGUGUGGAGAGCAGCCCGUGCGACACUUGAAAAGGCCACAGAGAGGAUGCGCCGCAGUGCCAAUCGGCAUCGCAUCCCAGCACAAACCUAUCAGCCUGGACAACUGGUAACGUUGCGUGCCAAAGACCUCAACCUCCAGCGCCAUGAACUUGGUCCGCCUGCUGUGCCGCCACAAGACGGCGCUGGUCCUCUGCAGCGUGUGCACCUUCGCCGUGGUCCUCAUCUUCUUGGCCAAAUGUACCCCAGAGACCCUGAAGCAGGGUCACGUGGACCCGCCAGGCAUAGCCCCACGCGCCAGCGCUGUCCAUCUCCCUGCGGAGCCACCCUCCAAGACCUUGUCGGCGUUCUUGGCGGUCCUGGUCACCACGGGGCCCAAGUACACCGAGCGCAGGAGCAUCAUCAGGAGCACGUGGCUGGCCAGGCGGGACUCGGAUGUUCUGGCUAUGUUUGUGGUAGGAACUCAGGGGCUUUCUACUGAAGACCUUCAGAACCUCAAGACGGAGCAAGGGCGCCACAAGGAUCUUCUCCUCCUGCCGGACUUGAGGGAUUCUUACGAGAACCUGACCACGAAGGUCCUGCACAUGUACUCCUGGCUGGACCAGAACGUGGCCUUCAAGUUUGUGUUGAAAGCAGACGACGACACAUUCGCUCGCUUGGACCUCCUGAAGGAGGAGCUGCGGGCCAAGGAGCCCACUCGCCUGUACUGGGGCUUCUUCUCAGGCCGAGGACGCGUCAAGGCCGGCGGCAAGUGGCGGGAAAGCGCCUGGGAACUCUGCGACUACUACCUGCCCUACGCGCUGGGUGGCGGCUACGUCCUUUCCUCCGACCUGGUGCGCUACGUGCGCCUCAACGCCGCCUACCUGAAGACGUGGCAGAGCGAGGACGUGUCGCUGGGCGCCUGGCUGGGCCCCGUGGACGUGCGGCGGACGCACGACCCGCGCUUCGACACAGAGUACAAAUCCCGCGGUUGCAACAACAAAUACUUGGUGACGCACAAGCAGAGUCUGGAGGACAUGCUGGAGAAGCAGCAGACGCUGCAGCGCGAGGGGCGGCUGUGUAAGGAGGAGGUCAGGUUGCGACUGUCCUAUGUUUACGACUGGAGCGUGCCGCCCUCGCAGUGCUGCCAGAGGAAGGAGGGCGUGCCUUGACUGCUUGGCGCUACAAGACAUCUAAGGGCCUUUCAUUUGCUUUACAAAUCAAGCAAAAUGUUGUUCAUUUGGAUCAUUUCCUCAAAUAGUGGCCUCCACUCAAAUCCAUCUCUGGGCGCACCCAAAUAAAUACCAAGGAUUUGAAUCCAUCCACACUAUAUUAUCAUAUUUCAAGUCGUGUUUGUCAUCCGUGCAAAAAAAGAUAAACCAUCCAUCCAACCAUUUUCUACCGCUUGUCCCUAUCAGGGUCACGGCGGGUGCUGGAGCCUAUCUCGGCUGCAUUCGGGCAGAAGGUGGGGUACAAGUCACCACCUCAUCAUGUCUUUGGAGGUCGGAGGGGCCUAUCCCCAGGUGCAUGUCUUUGAGGUGAGAGGAAGCCAGAGGGAACCCACGCAGUCACGGGGAGCACAUGCAAACUCCACACAGAAAACCCCCCAACCUGGGGAUCAAACCCAGGACCUUCGUAUUGUGAGGCACAUGCACUAACCUCUGUUCCCACCGUGCUGCCCUUUUGAGAUAACCACCAUUGUCAAAAGAUCAGUUUCACACAUUUGACCUCGUACCAGUUGUUUGUUACCAUGUUGUUGUGUAAAAAAAUAAUCUCUGAAUUAGAAGCCUUCUUGGGCCGUGUAACAUUGUUUUGCCUUUUGGCCUUGUCAGUAGUGUCUUUGCAAGGGCCACUUCCUUCCUUUUCUCCGGUUAAACCUCUUCCCUAUCAUUUGAAAGGGUCAUGCUGCCUGGUAGCAGACUCCUAUCUGCCAUUUAAUUUGAUGUACAUUGGCUCCAUCCAUGACUGCAUAAUACAUGAACAGAGUGGAUUUGAUCAAAGUCCACUAUAAAUAAUAGUUUCCUGGACACGUGUUUAUACUUUUUACUCUUUCAACCCAAUCUAAGAAUAUUUAGCAAGUUGACUUCUCAGCAAGAUAUAAACAGUAUAUUCUAAGUCCAGCAUUGGAAAAACAUGCUUUUGCAAUAGUGUGGAAGAUAUUGUUCUGACUAUGAGAUUGAAAUUGUUGUAAUUUCUUCUGUUUGCCCUGGAUGUAUUGUUGUAUUAAAACCUGCUGUUGA